GCACGCUGGGACGUCUUGUCGGCGCGAAGCAGCGGGCCGGGGCGCCUGCAGUCAGGGGGCGGCAGGAUGGUGAAGCUGACGGCUGAGCUGAUAGAGCAGGCGGCGCAGUACACCAACGCCGUGCGGGACCGAGAGCUGGACCUCCGAGGUUAUAAAAUUCCUGUCAUUGAAAAUCUAGGUGCUACCUUAGACCAGUUUGAUGCUAUUGAUUUUUCUGACAAUGAAAUCAGGAAACUAGAUGGUUUUCCUCUGUUGAGAAGACUGAAAACAUUAUUAGUGAACAACAACAGAAUAUGCCGUAUAGGUGAGGGACUUGAUCAGUCUCUACCUUGUUUGACAGAACUCAUUCUCACCAACAACAGUCUUGUGGAACUGGGCGAUCUGGACCCUUUGGCCACUCUCAAAUCACUGACUUAUCUGAGUAUUCUGAGAAAUCCUGUAACAAAUAAGAAGCAUUACAGACUGUAUGUAAUUUAUAAAGUUCCACAAGUCCGAGUGCUGGAUUUCCAGAAAGUGAAAUUAAAAGAGCGUCAGGAAGCAGAGAAAAUGUUCAAGGGCAAACGGGGUGCACAACUUGCAAAGGAUAUUGCCAGGAGAAGCAAAACUUUUAAUCCAGGCGCUGCUUUACCAGCCGACAAAAAGAAAGGUGGGCCAUCUCCAGGGGACGUGGAGGCAAUUAAGAAUGCUAUAGCAAAUGCCUCCACGCUGGCUGAAGUGGAGAGGCUGAAGGGGCUGCUGCAGUCUGGACAGAUACCUGGAAGAGAACGCCGGUCAGGGCCCCCCGAUGACGGUGAAGAGGAGAUGGAAGCAGACCCCGUCCCCAAUGGGUCCUGA